AGGAGAAGAAACGCUCUAUGUUCUCCUCUGUUCUACACGGACUGAUGCAAUCCGAUAGAAGCACCACCAGAACGCGCCACCCAUGAGUUCCCAGUACCACCAUCUCUCCUUCCUUCUCGUCUCCCUGUGCCUCGUUCUUUCCUCCUCUGCUGCCUCUUACGUCCCCUCCGAUUCGAUUCUCCUGAACUGUGGUUCUUCCUCGGAGGCCACCGACUCAGACGGUAGGAAAUGGAUAGCUGACUCGCCGACGUCGACGUCUAGCCUCGUCUCGAAGAACUCCAACCCGGCCACCGCCGUGUAUCAGGACCCGUCUCUCCCUUCGGCGGUCCCUUACAUGUCUGCGCGGAUCUUCGCGUCGGAAUCAACCUAUAAGUUCGCCGUCAACAAGACCGAGCGGCACUGGGUGCGUCUCCACUUCUAUCCCUCCACCUACGGCGACCACGCCCCGAAUAACUCGUACUUCGCGGUCUCCACCUCCGACGGCGUCACCCUUCUCAAGAACUUUAGUGCGUACAUCACCGCCAAGGCCCUCACGCAGGCCUACAUCGUGAAGGAGUUCUCCAUCCCGCCGGCCUCCGACGGCAGUCUAAGCCUCACCUUCACGCCAUCGAACGACCACAAUGGUUCCUUCGCCUUCGUCAAUGGCAUCGAGAUCAUAUCGAUGCCGGCUAUCUACAGCGAGCCGGCGGAAUUGGUGGGCUUCUCCGAUCAGAAUGUCGAGGUUGGGGAUUCUGCUUUGCUCACGAUGUACAGGCUCAACGUCGGAGGGCAGUACUUGCCGGCGAGCAACGAUUCCGGCCUUAGCCGGACUUGGUACGACGACUCUCCCUACAUCUAUGGUGCUGGGUUCGGUGUCACCUCCUCGGCAAGCGGCAAACUCGAGAUAAAGUAUCCGAAGGAUACGGCGGAGUACCUUGCCCCCACUGACGUCUACAGCACUGCUAGGUCGAUGGGUCCUGAUCCGAAGGUCAACAUGAACUUUAAUCUCACUUGGAUCUUCCAAGUCGAUGGCAACUUCACCUAUCUCGUCAGGCUCCACUUUUGCGAGUUCCAGAUGAGCAAGAUCAAUCAGAGGGUCUUCGAUAUCUUCAUCAACAAUCAAACUGCACAAGCUCAAGCAGAUGUGAUUGCGUGGACUUCUGCAAAGGCCGUGCCGACCUACAAGGACUAUGCGGCGUACGUGACCGAUGGCGCCGGCGAUGAGCAGCUGUGGGUGGCGUUGCACCCUUCGGCGGCGGCAAAGCCCGAGUAUUACGACUCUGUUCUGAAUGGUUUGGAGAUCUUUAAGCUGAACGAUGGUGUCGGGAACUUGGCAGGACCCAAUCCUGAGCCGUCUGCGUUGCUCGCCGAAGCCGAACUGAGCACAGAGCAACCUAGCUUCGCAUCCGAAUCCAGUAGGAAGGUGCACAUGAUAGGCAGUGCGGCAGGUGGAGUUGCAGCAGCCAGCGUCGCCCUUGCCAUUUGUGCCGUGGCCUAUCGGCGCAAGAAGGGGAUGACUGGAGAUGAGUUCGGUGGUGGUGGCGCAGGUUGGUUGCCUCUCUACGGUGGCAAUUCUCGUUCGUCAGCUGGCAACUCAACGAUCUCCGGCAAGAGCUGCGCGAGCAGCCACCUGGCUAACUUGGCGGCGAUCUGCAGGCAUUUCUCCUUCGCUGAGAUCAAGAAGGCAACCAAGAACUUCGACGAGUCGCUCGUUAUAGGAGUUGGGGGAUUCGGGAAAGUAUACAAAGGAACCGUAGACGGGGGAACCAAAGUGGCGAUCAAGCGAUCGAACCCAUCGUCGGAGCAGGGCGUCAACGAGUUCCAAACUGAGAUCGAGAUGCUCUCGAAGCUGCGGCACAAACAUCUGGUCUCCCUCAUCGGAUUCUGCGAAGAGAACGGCGAGAUGAUCUUGGUUUACGACUACAUGGCACAUGGGACUCUCAGGGAGCACCUUUACAAGAGCAACAAGCCGCCAUUGCCAUGGAAACAGAGGCUGGAGAUAUGCAUCGGAUCUGCAAGGGGACUUCACUACCUCCACACCGGUGCCAAGUACACGAUCAUUCACAGGGACGUCAAGACCACCAACAUUCUACUGGACGAGCAUUGGGUCGCCAAGGUUUCGGACUUCGGGCUGUCGAAGACCGGCCCCACGAUGAACCAGUCUCACGUGAGCACGAUGGUGAAGGGGAGCUUCGGGUACUUGGACCCCGAGUACUUCCGGAGGCAGCAACUGACCGAGAAGUCCGACGUCUACUCCUUCGGUGUCGUCCUCUUCGAGGUGCUGUGCGCGAGGGCAGCACUGAAUCCAAGCCUCCCGAGGGAGCAGGUCAGUCUUGCGGACUGGGCACUGCAAUGCCAAAAGAGAGGAGUUCUGGCAGACAUCAUCGACCCCCAGCUCGAAGGAAAGAUCGGCCGUGAGUGCUUGCACAAGUUUGCAGAGACUGCCGAGACGUGCCUCUUGGAUCAUGGAGUCGAUCGGCCUUCCAUGGGGAACGUGCUGUGGAACCUCGAGUUCGCGCUUCAACUGCAAGAAAGCUUCGAAAGCGGGGAACCCGUUCCAGAGGAGAUGGCAGACAAAGCUGCAGCGGUCGGCAAUGGCGUUGCCCUUGCUGCAGUGAGUGAGGUGAGCGAUGACACAGACGGGCAGAGCACGGUUGCAGUCUUCUCGCAGCUCAUUAAUCCAGUGGGGAGAUGAAAACUUCCUCCUCCUGCUUCAUUCAAUCAGUGAAAACCCUAUCAAACUACUAGUCGACAUGUAGCAGCAUUAGGCUGGUGAAAGAUGACCUCCU